AUGCCAUCCCGUCCGAAUCUCAUCCAUAUCAUCCUCUUCGCCCUCUUUCUCAUCGCCAUCCCCAUCAUAGCUUCCUCAGGCGAUCGUAAUCCGACUUUCCAGCAUUGUCUCAAAGGCUGCCAGUUGACAUAUUGCGAACCUCAUCAGCCUCCCCUUCCGGCUUAUCUGAGGGCAUUCGGUUGGACAUGUAAAGAGAAUUGCGCUUAUGAGUGCGGUCAUACGUUUACGGAUAACAUCAGACCGGGCAGUAAACCUCAUCAAUUCUACGGUAAAUGGGCGUUUUACCGACUUGGACCAUUCCAAGAACCCUUCUCGAUCCUUAUGUCUCUCGGGAAUCUAUACGUAAACCUGAAAGGUCUAGAGCAACUUCGUCGAAGGGUCAGGAAGGAGAAUGGGAUGAGGAAUUGGCUGAGUGCGUUGGGUUGGAUCCAAGUUAAUACUUGGAUAUGGAGUACAGUCUUCCAUGCUAGAGAUACACCAACGACCGAACGAUUAGAUUAUUUCUCCGCAACCCUAACAAUCUCGUUUACUCUUCUCUAUUCAGUCGUUCGAAUAUUCCACCUACGUACACCUCUCUCGACCUCGCGUUACCUCUUUCCCAUCUCUGCGAUCAUUGGAUUUAUCGUACUAGGUCAUUUCACUUAUCUCCUUUCAUUUCCCAUCGGUUCAUUCCCCUACGGCUAUCAUACGAAAUUCAACCUCGUCUUAGCUGCGAUCCAUAACGUAUUAUGGAUAAGUUGGAGUCUAUCAUUCAAAUAUCCUUAUCCCAAAAUGACCUUCUUAGGUACGACCUACACCUAUCCCAAACCUUACCCACCUCAUGAUCCUCUUACGCAAAAUCCUAAACCUAAAGAAGCUCAGACCCCCCUUAUCCUAGUGAUCUUAACUACAUUAGCAAUGUCAUUUGAAUUAUUAGAUUUCUCACCUGUUUUCAGGAUAAUCGACGCUCACUCGUUAUGGCACGCUAGUACUAUACCGCUUACGAUUGCCUGGUGGCAUUUCAUGGUGGAAGAUGCGAUCGAAUUGGAAGGUACCCUCUUAUCCCAACGUCCACAACAGAUUAGUAAUAACGAGAAAGGAGAACACGGUGGUGAUGAGUUGGAAGUACCAAGAACUCCCAAUUUCAUUCAGAUUGCUUCAACACCGAAGUUUGCCAGAAAUCCAAGUCCAGGGAAAAGUCCAAAGAUCGAUAAACCGGAAUAA